CUUCUUUACGAGCCCCAUCGGAAAGGCGCACCGCGGGCCUCAGGUCGACGGUCCCAAAACAAGUACGACGCCGAAUAUAUCAGCGAAGCGGGGCGAUGAGCUAGCGCAGGUGAAGAACAACGUGGACCAGCUUGUUAACGACUCUCUCGGCUGGCUCUCCUGAAUCCCAGUGAACCCGUUCAUUCCGAAGAUUGUCGCCGAGGCCGUUGCGAGUAUCUCCAACGGUCAUUUCUCUGCACAUCAGCUUACAUGUCUACUCGGUCCACGAAGCUUUCCGCACGUUCGCACAUUCAAAACAUCUGCAGACCGCAUCGAGCGCCGUUGCAAGCCUGUUUGCGACAUCGUUAUAUUCAGUCGUGAUGCGGUGGGUGUAAUUCGGUGGGGUGCUCUGGGGUGAUCGACAUCGCCAAAGAUCAAUGAAGUUCAAAUGUAACUGUGAUG